ACAAAAUAAAUCUCUCUCUCACUCACUCUCUUCUUGAGUCGACGAAGAUGACGGAAUCUCUUCAGAUCUCUCGGAAGAGGAUGCGAUUCUCGUCUUCUUCAGCUAGUGAGACCCUACUCGCAAGCAAAUCACAGUAUCACAGACACCGCUCUGGCCGCAUCGAACCGACCGGAGACGGACUGCGUUUCAGUCAGUCGCCAUCAGUCACCGGGAAAAUUACCCCGAAAGUUCUUCGCACGUAUCCUCGAGUCACCAUCAAGGAUCUGCGUCUCAGACGCGUGUUUACCCCGAGCUCGAUCUGGGAAUUCAAAACCAAGGAACAACAAUCUGAAAAUCAUCUUUGUGAUUCCAACGUUGGUGAAGAAGGAACCAAAGUCGAUGCUGGUGGAUUAGGAAAUGAACAUGUAAAAUAUUUCCUUAAAACGACGCCGCUUGAUUCCGACAGUGGACCCAUCUGUGAAGAGAGCAAUGGAUCAGUAGUGAAGAGAAGUGGUACUACUGUCUGUCACAAACCGGUACUUCAUCCAUGUUCUCGAGCUAGGUUAUUCAAGAACCCUGGAUCCUUCAGCUACAAGAGACUGCUUCCGUACUUGAUGCAAGCUGCAGAUGGAACUCCAUCCGGCCAGUGUUCUAAACCGGAGCAGAAUCCUCCUAAUGUUAACGGAGAGAAUGUGGAAGUUGCUGAAGUUCAGAAGGAGGAAGCAAGUGAACCGAUAAAAGCCGAAUGUCAACUUCCUGAACCCACCAAAGAUGUUGCCCAAUCAGUGGAAGGACUCAUUAGUAAAUAUUUUGGAAGUGGAAACACAAGCCCUUUGAAGAAGGUUGAGCCCACCAAAGCUGUUGAGCAAUCAGCGGAUGGAGUUAUCAAUAAACAUUCAGCUGUAGGUGGAAACACCAGCCCUUCGAAGAAGGUUAUUGCGUCCAGCCCCAACAAAAAAUUUCAGGCAUGCUCUAGGCGCAAGUUGUUCAAAACACCAGGUUCCGUUAACUACAGAAGAAUGCUUCCGUAUCUCAAAGAUAUUCAAGAAGAUAAUCCUUGCGUGCUUGAGACAGUUAAUCAUCCAGAUCAUAAUAAGGACACAGGGGGGAAUACUCCAUCACCGAUGUUAGUGUCUGUGAACGAAGGGGCAGAGGAUAUGGUGAUGGAAAAUGUUACUAGAGAAUUAGAUACUGACAAAGACAAAGACAAAGAGCUAGUCCCGUGUGAAGCUGUUUCUGAGUCCCCAGAACGUUCUGAUACUGACAAGGAACAAGAAACUCAAGUUAAGCAUGUCAUCCCAGACACUGAGAAGAACUUGGGAACUCCUCAGAAUGCUUUGGGCUCUGAGGUCCAGUUCUCAUCUCCUAUUGCUGGCUCAGGAGAUUCAAGUGAGGUUGCUUUAUCUGCAUUGAACAACCCAUUUGUUCAAAACUUGGCGGGUGAAGAAAUUAUGAAGGCAGACGCUAAAAACAGAGAAGAGCAAGUAGAGGCAAAUGGUUCGGAUCUAACAGCUGAGCCGCUUGAUCCUUCUGCUGUAUCCGGAACCCCCACAUCCAUCUCUCCCUCGAAAGGGAUUCUGAAAAGGAAUGUAAGAGGAUGUAGAGGGAUAUGCUCUUGUUUGAACUGCUCAUCCUUCCGUCUAAACGCAGAAAGAGCAUUCGAGUUCUCAAGGAAUCAACUCCAAGAUACUGAAGUUAUGGUUUUGGAUCUUCUUGGAGAAAUAUCUCUUCUCAAGGAGUCCUUGGAGAAACAGAGUUCAGCAGAUCACAAUGAAUCCUACAAAAUUCAAGCUGGAGAAGCUGCAAAGAGAGCUAAUGAGGCUGCAGAUCUUGCAAAAAGCCGCCUCUAUCAAAUGAACGACGACCUUCAAGUUCACUGCAGAAUCCCCAACGAACAACGAGCAAAAGUGAAAUUCGCUCACUACGUCCACGAGAAGACCAUCCUACAAGCAUCCCAACUUGACCCCUAAACCACUAUUAAGCAACUAGCACCCUUUUCAACUGUCUUCAGGAUUAUCCAGUUUCAUGUUCUUUUUUUUAAAGUGAAAGGUAUUACCUGUCACUUUCAUUUGUCACUCUUCAGCAAAAAGAGAGAAACUAUAGAUCAUAGAUCAAGUUGUCGUUAUGCAUAUAGUCCUUGUGAUCAUAUUUAUUACCCUGUUUUAAUUUUUU